GUUUUUGCAUUUUAACUUUUAACUUAUUUCCUCAGAGAUAUGGAAACUAUCUCUUCUUCGGGCGUGCUAACUGCACGACAUUUUAAAGGCUUGAGAAAUCACAAAUAUUCUGCUGAAGACAAUUCUAUAAUAGCCAGAGUUGUUAUGCGCCCUUUUUGGGACUGGAUUCUCCUUAAACUUCCUCUUUGGAUUGCUCCUAACUUGCUUACCUUUAUAGGGUUAUUAGUUAAUAUCUGCUCAACAUACUUUCUCAUAGUACAGUGCCCGCAGAGUUAUGGCCAGGCAAUUCCAUGGACUUACUUAAUUAUGUCACUAUCAAUAUUUAUACACCAGACAUUAGAUGCUGUUGAUGGACAGCAAGCGCGCCGAACUGGAACUUCCAGUCCGUUAGGCGAGCUAUUUGACCACGGCUCAGAUGCUUACAACUGUCUUUUAAUGAUUCUUGGCGCUUGCAUUGCAACACAAAGUGGUCCCCAGAGGAUCACUUUUUAUAUAGUCCUAAUCUCUCUUUUCACCUUUUACUCUGUUCACUGGAAAACUUUUGUUACAGGGAAACUCGAAUUCGGCUUUGCUGAUACCACUGCAGGAGAAUGGAUUUUAAUCUUCCUGCAUCUGCUUACUUUUUUUUUUGGUGCUGAAUUUUGGCAUCUGCAACUUUCUUUUCUUCAGCCCUUUUUUGGAAUGGUCAGCACUGGCAGAUGCUUUCAAGUUUUGUUAUUGCUUUGUGGAAUGUUUACCUCUUUUUCAAAUUUAUAUUCUAUCAUUAUUAAAAAUGACAAACCCACUUUGGCUCAAACAAGUGUUCUUCAGCCAAUCAUCCCCUUUGGUGUGGUCGUUCUUAUGGCGUUGUAUUCUUACACUUUUGCUUAUGAAAAGUUGUACCUCUCUAACACUUCCUUGUACUUGAUGACUUUUGGCACCGCACUGGCUAAAGUUAUUUGCCUGCUUAUCGUAGCACACAUGUCGAGGACGCCUUUGCCUUAUUACGACCAAAUUUUCUUGGCGCUUGCUGGAUUGUGCAUAAACGUUAGAUUAGAGUUAGUUAAUCACGACUUAGCCUUAUUGGCCACUUUCUUCUGUGUGACGGCCUCGUUGGUGUACUAUAGUGUCUCGGUUUGCUCCCAAUUAUGUAAGGAAUUUAAGAUACGCUGCUUUACCAUAUAAAAAAGCUUGAGAGUUGGUUAACUAAUGCCGAUGCUAAUUUAUUAUUAAUAAAG